AUGCCGAGCUCAUGCAAUGAUAUUCGAAAGGCAUUGGCCCAAUGUCUUCAGGAAUCGGAUUGUAUCAUGGUCCAGCGUCACACGCCCCGUGAGUGCCUCAGUUCUCCUCUCGCCGAGGAGUUACCCAUGAGAUGUCAGCAGCUGCGGAAAGGAUUCAGCGAGUGCAAGCGCGGCAUGAUCGACAUGCGCAAACGUUUCCGCGGUAAUCAGCCCAUCGCGUUAUCCCAGGAAGUGGAAGGCGGACAGUCCGGCAACGCUUCGGGUGGUCAGCUCUACGCCGGAGGGCCUGCAUACCAGACUGUCAAGGAACUCAAUGGUGACGAGGUCCAAAUGGACCCCGAGAAGACCCGUGGCCUGUAA